UUUUUCCUUUUACAGCCCAGUGAAGGAUACAGUAGUGGUCAAUGAUCGCUGGGGGUCAGGCAUUCCUUGUCAUCAUGGAGGUUACUUCACUUGCCAAGAUAGAUAUAAUCCAGGAAAGUUACAGAACAGAAAGUGGGAAAACGCCAUGACUUUAGACAAAGCAGCUUGGGGCUACCGAAGAAACACUAACUUACAUGACUACGUAACCAUGGAAGAGUUAGUGGCCACUCUGGCCGAAACUGUAAGUUGUGGAGGGAACAUACUGAUAAAUGUUGGUCCGACCCACGAUGGUAGAAUAACGCCCAUAUUCGAAGAGAGACUUCGCAACCUUGGAAAGUGGCUCAAAGUGAAUGGUGAAGCUAUCUAUGGAAGUCGACCAUGGAACUACCAGAACGAUACAGUUACUCCAAAUGUGUGGUAUACUAAAAACCUGGCCACUUCCACCGUGUACGCUGUCGUAUUGGAUUGGCCCAAAAAUGACAAGCUUUUUCUUGGGGCGCCAACUCUGAAGGAUAGUGCCACCAUUACAAUGCUUGGUGUUCCAGGCACAUUGUAUUUCAAAAGAAGCUCAUUAUGGGGAAUAACCGUAAAUUUCCCCAAACUAACACCAGAUAUUCUACCAUGCCAAUGGGCUUGGGUUUUAAAGAUGCAAGGUGUGACAAACUGAUUGUAUUAGUCUUCACGAUGAAGUUAAAAUACAGAUCGAAAAUUCAGUGCUUUACUGUUUCACUUGAUUAGAUUGCUCGUGUUUUAUUAUAAUGAAAUUCAUUGAUCUUCUCAAAAUUAUUAACGUUAAAUUUAUAUGCCAAAUGAUACGAUUUGUAAGAGCAUUGUAUUUGAUACGAUUAUGAUUAUAGCAUUGAAAUAUAUAAUAAAUAUUUUUAAUUGCAACAAUACUUAGUUAUGAAGAUUACG